CUUAAGAAGUCUUCGAAGUGUAAAAUAAUAAUGUUGUUGCCUAGAUUAAGAUUUGUUGUAUCGAGUGCAUGUAAAAUAAAUCGAAAAACUUUCCUAUUAUUCCAAAAGGGUUUUAAAAAUACUUCUACGAUUGGGCAAGCUGAUCUCAAUGACAAACCUAUUUCUUAUUCAAAAUCACAAGCUGCUGCAUGGAAAGCAUUGUAUAACCGUGAAACGCCAAAUGACACCGUUUGGUACAGUCCGCUCAUAGUUUCAGCAAGUUUAACAAUCUUUUUAAUAUAUUUCUGUUUACUAAGAGAAGAAAAUGAUAUAGAUGAAAUAAUUUAUCGACCAUUAUCAAAAACUAUAAAAGAUAUUGAUAAAAAGUUUCCUGAAUAUUCCUAUAGCCAACUAGAUCAUAUAAAUUCUAACGAAAAACAUUUAAAAAGUGAAAAAGAAAAUAAUUAAUGAUUUUUGCAUGAAGUAAAGAAGGUAUAA